UCGUAGAUUUAUAAGUUACGUGUGCGAUAAUUGCGGUUACACCGAUCUUCGAAAAUUAUAUCGUUUUUAUGAUCCAAUUGGAGUCGUAAAUGUAAAUUAUGCUAUAAAUUAUACACGAGUAUCUCAAAAAAGAUAAUGCACAAAUAAUGAUCGCGAGAUAAUAUAUAUUGACUUGCUCGGACUAUUGCAUAAAUGCGAUGGACUCGUACGCCGCAUUAUUGUAUUGGUUUAAAAGAAUCUAGGUGGCCAGUUACGAAAGGAACUGUCACGGAUACAUUGUUUGGCUGCGCGCGAAGGACCUGUCAUAAAGUUACGGUUACGUUUAUUCGCGAAUCGUGACACAAAAAUUAAGGCGAAGAUAAGACCACCUAGAAUUGCAAAUCUUGUUCCAUGACCUUAAGAUUCUUUAUGUAUACAAUGUUGUUAAAGUUGCGUAUUAUAUUCAGUAUACUAAAUAUUAUCUAUGCAAUACUAUAUCGGAUCGUAUUGUUAAUUCGCAAGAAACCGCAAAGAAUUCCACCAAUAACAGAUUCCUUACUUACGUUUAGCGCCACUGCACUUGCUAAAAAAAUUAGACAAAGAGAGAUUACAUGUUACGAUGUUGUGAACACGCAUAUACAACACAUUAAAAAAGUGAAUUGUGUCUUAAAUGCCGUUAUCGAUUAUCGAUUCGUUGAAGCAAUAAUCGAGGCGAAAAUCUGCGAUAAACAAUUAGCAAACGGCAAGUUUGACAUUAAAACAUUAGAGAAGGAAAAACCGCUGUAUGGUAUACCAGUCACAGUCAAGGAAUGUUGUGCUGUCAAAGGUUGCAGUCAUACAGGCUGUUCUUUAGGUCGCAAAGGGAUGAAGGCAUCCCACGAUGCACUAGUCAUUAAACUACUCCGAAACGCUGGAGCGAUUCCAGUUUGCCUGACGAACACCCCGGAGAUGUGCUGUGGAGUAGAAAGCUCGAAUCUAUUGCACGGCCGUACAUGUAAUCCUUAUGAUACCAGGUACACGUCUGGCGGAUCAUCUGGAGGAGAGGGUGCAUUGCUCGGGGCAGGAGCCUCUGUGAUUGGAAUCGGUUCGGACAUUAUUGGCUCUGUAAGAUUACCGGCUCUUUUCAACGGCAUUUUUGGGCACAAGCCUACGGCUGAAAUUAUCUCGAACAUAGGACAUAUCCCGGAAUCCGAGGACAAACUUUAUCAAAAACUUUUGACCUUUGGUCCAAUGACCAGAUACGCGGAAGAUCUUGGGGUAUUUAUGAAAGUGCUGACAUCCACAAGCGAUCACAAUCUACGUCUAGAUGUGCCGGUGGAUCUACGGCAAUUGAAGGUCUACUACCGGUUCGGCAUGGACGACGCAUUAGGCAUGUUACCAGUAGUGCCGGAAAUCAAAGAUUGUGUUCUGAAAACCGUAACACAUUUUGCGCAAUACGAUAUUCGUCCGGAGAAGUUGCCGAUAGAAUGGCCAACCGAACUGGUUGAAAUUGUGUUAAGUACGUUUAUGUCUAUAAAGGAAAUCCCUAAUUUGUUGGUAGAUGCUAGCGAUCCCAAGUUGAAAAAAAAUCCAGCCAUCGAAAUUCUGAAAAUUCCUUUCGGUUUGUCGCAAUACACGAUGCAGACUACCAUCUACGCCUUAAUGCUCGAGACGCAUUUUCCAUUCUCAGAAUCAGAUAUAUCGCAUUACACGAAGCAGGGAAAAGCGAUUCGGCAGAAGCUACUGGAUCUUUUGGGAGAGAACGGAAUAUUUAUUUACCCGACUUUCCGAUGUCCGGCGAUUUUCUCAAAAUUUACCUUGUGUGAAACAUUGAGCAACGUCUAUUGCGCAAUUUUCAAUGUUUUUGGCUUUCCUGCAGUGCACGUACCGAUGGGACUAAACCACGAGGGAUUGCCCAUUGGUGUUCAGGUGAUAGCCGCACCUUAUCAGGAUCGCCUCUGCUUGGCAGUUGCAAAAGAACUGGAGACUGCUUUCGGUGGUUGGGUGCCGCCGUCGAUAUCGUUAAGCAAAUAACAAUUAUCUGCAUGGUUUAUUUUGGAAAUUAUUAUUUAAGCUUAAUUAUAUAUUAGAUCUUUUUGUCGCAUAGAAAAUUGCGCGCACAUAAUGAAGCAUCGAGCUAUUGCAAUAAAUUUGUUACUUUCAGAUAGCUGUUUAAGGGGAAAAAAAUCUUGGGAAUGUGAUAUGUUCAAAUAAAAUAUAUUUUGUUUUUUGUUAAAGAUAUAUAAAUAAAAAGAAUGCAAAUGAACAGAUAUAUUAUAAAUGAUUUAUUACACAACAGUGCAACACUGGAGAUGGAAUUAUUGAAUAAUUAGAAAACAAACAUGUAGUGAUAUACGUCGAAGUAAAUCUAACGAAGAUUUUGCAAAAAUUUCAAACUAUGAAACUAUGAUAGUGAUUAGUCUAUUCACGUAUGUAUGUGGUACACGCGCGUAUAUAUUAAUAUAAUUAUAUAGGAUAGUGUGUUA